AUGGAUGACAAGGGUGGUGGAGUUGGCUUCGAAGGCGGGUCCGGCUUCAAACGAGCCUCAACCGACAGUAACAAGACGCUCGUGAGCUCUGACGACGAAAGAGGGCUCAUUGACGGCGACCUCGUAAUCGAUAAGGGAAAGAAGUCGAAAGCCAAAUCAAAACCGCCCGUCUCAUUCAAUCCCUCAUCUUCACCCUUAUCCGAGAAAAGAUCAAACCACCAUCACCAUCCGCACCACCAAAAAACCAUCUAUAUUCUCAAAACCCCCCUAGGUCACCUCAUAGGCUUCCUCUUCGGCCCCGAAACUCUCACCAUAUUCCUCUCAGGCUGGCUUCUCACCAACCUUCGUGACUGGUACUUCCGCGUCGAUCACGUCGUCGACUACCUUGCCACGAUCCCAGACCCCUUCGGACGGUAUCCCUAUGUCUACGUCUUCCUCCUACAGUUCCUCGUGCAGGGCGCCGUCUCCACUGCCUGGGCUUGGCCUACUAGGGUGAGGAAAUUACCGCUCCUUGUGUAUGGAGGUGUGAUGUUGCAUCAGGAGAUGCGGAGGGAGACGACGGGGAAGACGCAUAGGAGGGUGCUGGCGGGCACGAAAGCGAUGGUGGCGGGGUAUGCGGCGCUGGCGGUUUGGAUGACGGGACGCAUGCCUGCUAGGCAUGAGAUCCUCGACCGUCCAGGACUCACCCUGCCGCCCCAGGACCUUGCAGCACUACAAGCCGAGGUCUGCAGAUUGGGUAAUCUCUGCUUCAAACCCCUCCCAAACUACCAAGUCUUCGACACCUCAUCCCAGACAGCUUUUGACGACAAGAUCAUGAUCCUAGCCCGACAAGAAGAAAGCGGCGAGCCAAUCGCCUUCGUCUCCACCGUCAUCCUCCCUGUUUCCGGCCACAACAAGCCCACCAUCCACACCGGUCUGACAACAAUCCAUCCCGACCACCGCAAAUCAGGCAUCAUCCACAACCUGUUCAGCAACCUGUUCAUACACAUUUUCUCCCUCUACCCCGAAGGCGUCUGGCUGAACGGCGAGCCCUCAGAGAUGCAUCUCCAAAUUGCGAGGGAAAUCAGCGCAAGGCACCGCGCCAAGAUGUACGUACCGGCUGAGGCCGGGUUUGACGAGAAGGCGUUUGUGUUUAGGAGAUCAAAGAACACGUUGCAUGGGCCGUCGUAUAUGAAGGAUUCGGAUGAUUCGCGGUACUGGCACCGGGAGAGGGAGCUGACGGAGUUUUAUCGGAAGUUGCUGGUCAAUCCGGGUGAUGAGGUGUUGCAGAUUUCGUAUUUGGACCCAGUGCAUGUUUUGGAGGCUGCGACUCAACCGAGGUUUAGGGAUGAGUGGAAAGAGAAGUUUUCAAAGGAGGUCGUGAAAUAUUUGAUUAUGAUGACAUAUAUGUUGUUCUCGUCGCAUAAUAAUGCCAGGGUCGAUGUACAGGGGUUUAAGGUGACAUUCGUUGGCUGCUCCGUACAGCGCAGCCUCAAAGCUGGCGUGCACGAGAACCUUGCCUUCUACGGCCGCGAAUUUUUGCUGGAGCAGUACACACAGUGGACCAUCAUGGAAGACCAGAAAGUCUUGGAUCGGGCCUUCAAGCAUGAAGUCAGGAAGAUGUUUGUCGCCUGGAGAGACUGGCGCAGUGUCUCCCGACUGGGUUCUUGUUCGGUCUCCUGA